UGGCCGGCUGCUGCGCGCUAGCUCCUCCUAUAAAUAAAGCCUCGGCCACCAAGUUGCCAUUUACCAGCUUUGCCAUCCAGAGCGAGCGCGGCUGCUAUACGAGCCAGUACGAGUGGUAGCUACCUAAACAGGUUGACUCCUGGACAGAGUGAGCGGAGACAGCGAGAGAAGCUAGCUACUAAAAAGGAAUUCAACUAUUCAAGCAUGGACGUGGAGAGCUCCGCGGCGCACGAGGUCUCCGUGGACUGGCGGGGCCGCCCGUGCGAGCCGCGGCGGCACGGAGGCAUGCGCGCCGCCGUCUUCGUCCUAGGGAUCCAGGCGUUCGAGAUCAUGGCGAUCGCGGCGGUGGGGAACAACCUGAUCACGUACGUGUUCGGGGAGAUGCACUUCCCGCUGUCGGAGGCGGCCAACGUCGUCACCAACUUCGUGGGAACCAUCUUCCUCCUCUCGCUCGUCGGCGGCUUCCUCUCCGACUCCUACCUCGGCUGCUUCUGGACCAUCCUCACCUUCGGCUUUGUCGAGCUCUCGGGCUUCAUACUGCUGUCAGUGCAAGCACACCUGCCGCAGCUGAAGCCGGCGCCGUGCAACAUGGCGUCCAUGGACGGCAGCUGCGAGCAGGCGAGGGGCUUCAAGUCCAGCAUCUUCUUUGUCGCGCUCUACCUGGUGGCGCUCGGCAGCGGCUGCCUCAAGCCCAACAUGAUCGCGCACGGCGCCGACCAGUUCGCCGCCGGUGCCGGGGUCGACAAUGCCAAGAGGCUCUCCACCUACUUCAACUCGGCCUACUUCAGCUUCUGCCUCGGCGAGCUCUUCGCGCUCACGGCGCUGGUCUGGGUGCAGACGCACUCUGGCAUGGACGUCGGCUUCGGCAUCUCGGCUGCCGCCAUGGCCGCCGGGCUCGCCUGCCUCGUGUCCGGCGCGGCCUUCUACCGGAACAAGCCUCCUCAGGGCAGCAUCUUCACUCCUAUUGCAAGGGUGUUUGUGGCUGCCUUCAACAAGAGGAAGCAAAUCUGCCCUGCCAGUCCAGCCAACGUCGGAGUCUGUGAGCCGGCUCGCCUCGACGGCAACUUCCGCCACGGCAACAAAUUCAGGUUCUUGGACAAGGCGUGCAUCAGGGAAAACGCAGGGCAGCAGCAGGGUCAGGACGGCAACACGAAGCCGGAGAGCCCGUGGCGGCUGUGCACGGUGGCCGAAGUGCAGCAGGCCAAGACGCUCCUGGCCGUGACCCCGAUCUUCGCCUGCACCAUCGUGUUCAACACCGUUCUCGCCCAGCUGCAGACAUUCUCCGUGCAGCAGGGAAGUGCCAUGGACACCGCCCUCGGCGGCCACGGGUCCUUCCGCGUCCCGCCGGCGUCGCUGCAGGCCAUCCCCUACGCCAUGCUCCUCUUCCUCGUCCCGUGCUACGAGCUCCUCCUGGUCCCGCUCAUGAAGCGCCUCACGGGCACCCGGUCCGGCAUCACCCCGCUCACCCGGAUCGGUGUGGGCCUCUGCACCGUCGCCUUCUCCAUGGUCGCCGCGGCCACCGUCGAGCGCCGGCGCCGCGACCUCGCGCUCUCGCCCGGGGGAGCGCAGCAGAAGAUGUCCGUGCUGUGGAUCGUGCCGCAGUUCCUGGUGUUCGGGGUGUCGGAGAUGUUCACGGCCGUGGGGCUCAUCGAGUUCUUCUACAAGCAGGCGGCCGCGUCCGGUGCCGGCAUCGGCAUGCAGUCCUUCCUCACGGCGCUCACAUACUGCUCCUACGCCUUCGGCUUCUACCUCAGCUCCGUGCUCGUCAAGCUCGUCAACAUGGUCACGGCGGGCCACGGAGGCGCCGGCGGAUGGCUCGGGGACAACGACCUGAAUAAGGACAGGCUGGAUCUCUUCUACUGGAUGCUCGCUGUGCUCAGCGUGCUCAACUUCUUCUGCUACCUGGUAUGCGCAAGGUGGUACAAUUCGGGAGCGGACGGCCUUGAUGCCGCCUCUGCUCAGAUUGCUGCUGAAGGCGACGGCAAGGAGAUCAGCUGAACAACUGCAACAAGAUUGAAACUGUAUAUGCGUAUAGGUUUGAAAAAAUAGUGGUGGGGGAAGGAGUACUAGUUCUAAGAUGAGUAAAAUGCAGUCGCAGUCAUUGUAUUUGAACCGUAUUCUCGGUUUAGUCACUGUAUUUUGAAAACCGGAAAAUACGGUCACUGGACUCGACGAAAUAUCCCACAUACGGUCACCGUUACGAGAUUCAUACGUAUUUGUACAUCUCGGUUGACACGUA